AUGUUGGCAGCGACCGCUUAUCCUGUGCCCAGCAGCUCUCGGCUCGGGCUCGUAUCCACCGAUGGCAGCGCAAUGCGGCAUGAAUCGGCCUCAUCGUCAGGCUGGUCGAGCCCUAUGUUCAAGGCUUCCGACCUGGACCUCUUCGACGUCGACACUCGGUUCGGUCGCGAGCUCAGCAUUGACGAGACGAUCGAGAUCGAUGAUGCCGACGGUCGGUUCGAUGCCCGCUUAGAUGGUCAGAUGACACCUCCUUCGACAGCCCCCCCUAGUGCCUACUCAGCCUCGUGCUUUGGCGUUGGCAACAAGCAUGCUACGCUGGCUCCUCCUCGACAUCACGGGCAUCGCGUACCUGCUGCUGCUCACUAUGCAAAGUCGGACGCUCUAGUUGGAGCAGCUGCAAGCUCGAGAUACCACGCAAUUUCCGUGGUCGAUCACGCAGGAGUCGAUGCUGCCGACGAAUCGCCAAACUCCCCAGACGAGUCCUCUCCGCUCUCGUCCGCCUCAAAUUCAGAUCUGGAGGGCGAGAACUCGGAGGAUGAGCUGGGCAUAGAUCUUCCUGCCGCGACGCAGCACGCACAAAGCGUUCUUUUAGCGGAGGCAAAGGCUCUAAUGGAAGCUGCCUCAAGGCUCCAGACUCAGCCAAGCGAAUUCGAAAAAGCCAUCAAAACGGUCGUGAACUGCGUUGCUGGAGGAGGCAAGAUUGUCUGGACAGGCGUGGGCAAGAGUGGUGAGUGUUUCUCAGCUGUGGCCGGCUAUUGGCACAAGGGCGACGAGCCCUUCGUGUGCCGUGGCGGGCGUUUACUGACACGUUCUGCUGCCCUCAUCACCACAGGCAUCAUCGCGCGCAAGCUGCAUGCCUCUUCACUUUCUCUUGGACUAUCCUCUGCCUGGCUUUGCCCAAUCUCUGCUCUGCACGGAGACUUGGGAACCUUAAGCGGACAUUGGCCACAAGCACCCAGGCCGCCACUUUUACGGGCUAGAAUGGCAGAACACAGGGCGCCACUGGCCCCUGUGCCAGACGUUCUCUGCGCGCUUUCGCAUUCCGGAGAAUCUGCCGAACUUUUGAACCUCUUGCCUCAUGCUCAGGCUAGAGGCUGCCCCAUCGUUGCCUUUACCAGCAAGAACGAGAGCAGCCUCGCGAAGGCGGCCAAGAUCACACGGGGCGCCUGGGUGGACUGCAGGACUGCUAGUCCAAUGGUCAAUGCCGGUACAAAUUCGACAGCAGCUUUGGAAUUCCCCUCGCAAACCACUGGAAGCCACGCCACCACUGCUUGUGCGCGGUCCGAUUCCACCCACUGCGCAUGUUGUCCAAAUGGCUCUUACGACGCGAGUACGAGCCCCAUCAACACUUCAGCAGAAGCCGACGCACUAGUGCCCGCGCCGACAUCCAGCACAACAGUCGCCCUGGCAAUGGGAGACUCGCUCGUUCUGAGUGUCGCUCGAGCAUGUGGGUUGGGUGUGCAGAGCUUCAAACAAAACCAUCCCGGCGGAUCUCUGGGUGCGCGUUUGGUUCACGCUUAGCACAGCAAAGCACGGCGCCGCCUCAGUUUUUCAGAGCCAGGCCAAACCCCUUCUUCUUCACCACCCUCACGACGUCCUCCUUGGCUAUUGGAUAUCACUAG